AUGGAUGCGGCACGGGUGAUUUUCACGGCUUGGGCUUGUUCCGAGCCAUUGCCCAUCUUUGUUUCGCCUUUGCCAUAUGUUUCAGCGUGCCUCAUCUUGAAAGGCCGCAUUGUUCUGUUCUUGACGGCAUAUCAACACUUCAUGCCGGCACUACGGGGAGAAGGGUCCAUUGCUUGGAACGGCAAAAAGGGCUCAAUGCUUCGGCUGCUCAAUGCCUAUGGCCGACCCGCUACCGCGACCAUGGAUGGCCAAUUGGGCAUUCCGCAACCCAAGCCCAUGGAGCUUCUGGAAGGUUUCAUGGUCCACAAUUCGACCUUCCAUAGCCAAUCUUCCCAGGUCUUCGUCCUCACGAUGGCAGGUCCUACAAGGGCACAGCAACCGAAGGUCCCGGGUGGUGCUGGCAGCUCGUACGGCGAUAUGCCCACGGAAGUUUUCUGCGGAAGGCAGCGAAAUACCUACUCGUCCAACAAUUCCGAUUUAGCGAUUCCGCGGCAGUCAAAGUGGCGCCAGAUAGAACAGCCGCUAUCGGUCGACUUUGCGCUUUGCUAUACUGGUGACUAUCUAGGCCUACCAUUUAGUGUUGCGCGGAUGUGA